AUGACACCGUCAUCACGGCUUCACGUUCGUUCUCGACCAAUGGCUGAGCGCCAAGAUGACGACCAACAGAUGCGCCGCCUCAUCAAGCAUGAAACAGUGGCAGAAACAAUUGUGGAGCUUAUCCCAUCAAUUGCUUUCCAGGCAGCUUGGUGGACUGGAGGUGCAGCAACGGCUUCAUGCCACCCCUUCAUCACUCCGACGCGGAAUGCCCACGAGUACAGAGGAGAACUAUCAGGUCGCUGUUUCUGCCUCGUCAUCUACUGGUUUCGUGUCAGGCGUGCUUGA